CGGUACGAGAUGAUGCAUCUGGGAGCCCAAUUACUAAUCCCUGAAGCACGCUCUAAGAGAAGCGCGUGGAGAAGAAAGAAAUAGAUUCCUAAUCCGGUGAUGAUCGGCAAUCCAGAUGGCAAACGAUGAAUAGAGAUCAUACUUUUUGACUGCGCAGCUCCGCAACACCCUUCCCCUCCGUUUCAUGACUCCGUUAAAAAUACAGCAUACAGCCGCAAUGCAUCUGUCAACUCCCGCCGCUGUUCCACUCGCCGAUAAGGACGUCAAAAGGUCCGAUAUGGAAAUCGACGACGACGAAGUUGAGGAAGAAGGAGAAGAGAAAGUGCAUACGUCUUCGAAACGAAACGGCGCUAGUAAUAAUAUCAAGUCCAAGGAGCAUGAUGGACACCCAGGAUCAGAUCCUUUAAGAGCUCCUGGAAGUUCUGAAAUGAGAAUAGCCUCUAAAACCCUUUAUGUAGGAGAGAGUAAUGCUAGUUUCAUAUUCUGUAGUCUUCCAGAUGAGCCAUUAGCAACUCAAAGGGAGGAUCUUCACACAAACUAUGAGGGUUCCGAGUAUCCAAUAUCUGGCAAAAGCGCUGGAAAGGAAAAGGCGAUUCAAGAAUAUGAUGUUAAUAUACAAGAUGCUCAAGUCAUUUUAGAAAGAAAAGCCCCUGAAAAAUGCCAUGGACAGCAUACUAAUAGCAAGAGUCACUUGGUUGUCAAUGAGAUUGUGAAUGAGACGACUAAUCGGUCAAUUGUUGAUAGCAAAGAGGUAGCUAUCAAUGAGAUUAUUUCAAUCCCAGUCAGAUAUCAGUCAGGGGCAGAACUUAGCACUCAUCUAGGUUUGAAGCGAAAUAAUAAGCAAAUGUGCAUGCAAACAGAGGAUGAUAAGUGGAGUAUAAAAUUAAGGUUGGUGAUACCUAUGUGUUCUGUAACAUAGAAAAUUGAAACCAAGCUUCUUAUUAUGUCCU